AGUGUCUUGUGGCUUUCAUUUUGUUUUGUUCUUUUAGGUGGCUCAAAUGAAGAAUAAAGACAAUCGUAUUAAGCUGAUGAAUGAGAUGCUGAAUGGAAUUAAGGUCCUGAAGCUGUAUGCAUGGGAGCUGGCCUUCAAGAACAAAGUUUCAGAUAUCCGUGAAAGUGAGCUGCGGGUCCUGAAGAAGGCGGCCUACUUAAGUGCUAUGUCCACCUUCACAUGGGUCUGUGCACCUUUCCUGGUUGCGCUGUCCACCUUCACCGUGUACGUGCUGAUUGAUGAAGGCAACGUGCUGGAUGCUCAGAAGGCCUUCGUGUCACUGGCGCUCUUCAACAUCCUGCGUUUUCCUCUCAACAUGCUGCCGAUGGUCAUCAGUAGUAUUGUUCAGGCCAGUGUGUCCCUGAAGCGUCUGAGAGUGUUUCUGUCACACGCAGAGCUGCAGACGGACAGCGUGGACCACCAGCCGCUGGCAGGCUCCCAUCACAGCAUCAGCAUUGUGGGCGGAGCUUUUAGCUGGUCUACAACAGAAUCACCGACUCUCAGGAGGCUGAAUGUUUUUAUCCCAGAGGGACACCUGGUGGCUGUUGUUGGACACGUUGGUUCAGGAAAGUCUUCACUGCUCUCUGCAGUCCUUGGUGAAAUGGAGAAACUAGAAGGAACUGUGGCUGUCAAGGGGUCAGUGGCCUAUGUUCCCCAGCAGGCCUGGAUCCAGAACUCCACACUGAAAGAAAACAUCAUCUUUGGCCAGGAGAGGAAGGAGCAGUGGUACCAGCGUGUGGUGAGGGCCUGCGCCCUGCAGCCCGACAUGGAGAUGCUCCCUGCUGGAGAUGGUACCGAGAUUGGUGAGAAGGGUGUGAACUUGUCAGGAGGUCAGAAGCAGAGGGUCAGCCUGGCCAGAGCUGUCUACUGUGACCGUGCCAUCUACCUGCUGGAUGAUCCGCUGUCUGCAGUUGAUGCCCAUGUUGGGAAACACAUCUUUGACAAUGUCAUUGGACCCCAGGGACUAUUAAAGAACAAGACACGUGUACUUGUGACCCACGGGCUGAACUACUUGCCCCAGGUGGACCUGAUCCUGGUGAUGGUGGAGGGCGAGGUCACUCAGAUGGGCUCCUACUCAGAGCUGAUGGCCAGAGACGGAGCCUUUGCAGAGUUCCUGCGUACCUAUGCUUCUGUUGACAACGACGGCAACACUGAAGAGCCUGCAUUGAACAAAACGGGAACAGAGAAUGGCUCUGCAGACGCCCUUUUGGGGCGCAGUCACAGCGGUCUCACCACAAUAACUCAGAUAGGAAAGGAUGGACAGCUGCUGGACAAAAAGACAAAAGGCCCAGAUAUGGGCAGGCUGACUGAGCCUGACAGAGCUAACACUGGGAAGGUCAAACUUGCAGUCUUCUGGUCUUACAUGAAAGCAGUCGGGAUGGUUUUGUCCUGCAUCAGUCUGAUUUUGUUCUUCACCCAGCACUUACUCGCUCUGUUUUCCAACUACUGGCUCAGCCUGUGGACCGAUGACCCUGUCGUUAACGGCACGCAGCCUAACAGGCUGAUGCGACUCGGAGUGUACAGUGGUCUCGGCCUGUCCCAGGGUUUUGCUGUCUUUGGCUACUCCCUGUCCAUGUCUAUUGGGGGCAUCUUCGCCUCACGCUGGCUCCACCAGUCCAUGCUCUAUGAUGUCCUGCGCUCUCCUGUCUCCUUCUUUGAACGAACGCCGAGCGGCAAUCUUGUCAAUCGCUUCGCCAAGGAGAUUGACACCAUUGACUCAGUUAUCCCGAGCAUUCUUAAAAUGUUCAUGGGCUCAAUGUUCAACGUGUUGGGAGCUUGUGUCAUCAUCCUCAUCGCUACGCCGCUGGUGGCGAUCAUCAUUCCCGUUCUUGGCCUGCUCUAUUUUUUUGUACAGGUAAGCAGGAAAAAAGUCUGUUGUGGGGCUUCUGCUGCUGCGUGUGAUGUGGCGAGUGCUGCCACGGUUAUGCCAUGGUGCUGGCCGGCCAGGAAGAACGUGUUGGCCGCCAGCGCACGGCAGGCCGUGAUCGUGGUGUUGUUCCAGCGCUCUGCGGCAGAUUUGCAGUUGACUGCUUCUCUUACCUGGCUGGUGAGGAUGACCUCUGAUGUGGAGACAAACAUUGUUGCUGUGGAACGAGUUAAAGAGUACACUGACACAGAGAAAGAGGCAGAGUGGUCACAUCUUCCCACCAACCUGCCCCCAACGUGGCCCACUGAUGGACGCAUCGACAUCCAAGGAUUUGGUCUGCGCUACCGCCCAGAUCUGGACCUCGCCAUCCAGAACAUCACUGUCACCAUUCAUGGAGGAGAGAAGGUGGGUAUUGUGGGGCGCACAGGAGCAGGGAAGUCCUCUCUGACGCUGGGGCUGUUUAGGAUUAUCGAAGCAGCUGAGGGCCACAUCCUCAUUGAUGGCACUGACAUUGCUCAGUUGGGCCUCCACGACCUCCGCUCCCGAAUCACCAUCAUACCACAGGACCCGGUGCUGUUUUCAGGCUGUCUGAGGAUGAACUUGGAUCCCUUUGACAGUUACUCUGACGAUGAAAUAUGGAGGGCUCUGGAAUUCUCACAUCUCAAGAACUUUGUGUCUGGCCUGCCAGACAAGCUGAGCUAUGAGUGCAGUGAAGGUGGCGAAAACCUCAGUGUGGGUCAGCGCCAGCUGCUGUGCUUGGCCAGAGCUCUGCUGAGGAAGACCAAGAUUCUGGUUCUAGAUGAAGCGACAGCAGCAGUAGACCUGGAGACAGACAACCUGAUCCAGUCCACCAUCCAGUCACAGUUUAAGGACUGCACUGUCCUGACCAUUGCUCAUCGCCUAAAAACAAUCAUGGAAUACAGCAGGUUGCAUCCUGCCCUCGUGGAUGAGUGUGAAGCCGUCCAUGUUAAUGACCGAGACCGCACCUCAGUAAAAGCCUCUCUGAACCAGAACUGUUCCAGUGAGUCCUGCAUUUGUCUCCUGCCUUCCUCGUCUGACAACCGUGAUAGAACGAUCAGGCCAACAAUGGAGACAGCGGACUCGGAUCCAUUCCAGCAGGCCGUUCGCUUUCACAGCCGCCAGCUGGCCCAACAAGAAGACCGCAUCACUGCUUUAAGCACCAAUAUAGCUGAUCUGGCCACAAGACAGGACGCCUUCAUGUCCUCUAUCAGCUCUCAGAUCAACCAGCUCGUAACCUCUCUGUCCCCACAGACACCGUCUGCCUCGGCAACCACAAACCAGCCACCGAUGGGACUGAGUGCGGCCCCGCCGGUACCCACUGCUGCUCCUGAUGUCUGCAAUCAGCUAUCUCGACCUGAACAUUUCUCUGGUGAAUCCGGAGACAUCAUACCGUUCCUAACACAAUGUGACCUGCACUUUGAGUUGAUGUCAGCCAUGUUUCCGUCCGACCGGGCGAAGAUCGUCUUCAUUAUUACUCACCUCACCGGCCGGGCCACGGCGUGGGCCUCGGCAGAGUGGAGGAGACAGUCCCCGGCGUGUAGUACUCUCCAGGCGUUCCAGACCGCUCUCCGCCAGGUGUUCCAGCAUACGUCACCGGGCCGUGAGGCAGCCCGGUCCCUGAUGUGCCUCCUGCAGGGUAACAGAAGAGUUGCCGACUACACCAUCGACUUCCGCAUCCUCGCGGCUAAGAGCGAAUGGAACCCGGCUGCACUCCAUGACGUGUUCUUUCAAGGCCUGUCUCCGCAGAUCCAGGACCAGCUGAUCGCCAUCGACCUCCCGGAGCGACUCGACGAGCUAAUCGCGUUAGCCAUCCGCACCGAUCGCCGGCUGGCAGAUCGGCCCCGGCGGGACGUGCGAGCCUCGUCCCAGCACGCUGAGUCCGCUCUCCACGUCGGGCCCUCGGCGUCCUCCUCCAGCUCGCUCCCGGCUGCCGCUGAUGAACCGAUGCAGCUGGGACGAACCCGAUUGACCAUCGAGGAGCGGCAGCGGCGGAAAGAUCAGGGCCUGUGCUUCUAUUGUGGUCAGGCGGGGCAUGUGGUCACGGAGUGCCAUGCCAGGGGUGCCCCCGUGCGGUCACAACGGGUACGCCGGAUCACUUCCUGGGGUUCCACAUGUACCGGGCGCUGUUUUGCUAUGACCAUCAGGGACGGCAAGGUCCCUAAUCCUGAGUUGGCGGGUGUGCCCGCGGAGUACCACAAUAUUGCCGACGUAUUCAGCAAGGUCAAGGCAAAGUCGCUGCCACCGCAUCGUGCAUACGACUGUGCCAUUGAGUUAUUGCCGGGCACGAGUCCCCCCGCGGGGAAAACUGUUUUCUCUGACUGGUCCUGA